ACGAAAUCGUCAACACUUAUCAAACGAUAAAUUAAUCAAACGAACAUAAACGAUGGCUACCCCAAAGCGGAAACUGUUUAAGAAUCUAUUUGCAACUCCCAGAUCAAAGGAAAAAGAGCCAUCGGAACCAUGGAGAGAUUAUAAAGACUUAAGAGAUGGGUGGACACAAGAUUAUUAUAAGACCAUGUUGACCAGAAUCAAAGCAAAUACAACGUCGGUAUUGAAAAUUGAGGGCGUCAAUUCUACAACUAUAAAUAUCAUGAUGCUUGGUUAUGUUCAAAGCGGAAAAUCUGCGACAAUCAACUCAAUAUUUUGUAUACUUGAUGGCAGAAUAAGUAAACGGGCAAAAUCCGGGGUCAGUACACAAAAGUAUAAUUCAUUCAGGGGCGAAAAAGAACUUGAUGAUAUUAUUCUCUUUGACGUCAUGGGGGUCGAGGCCAUACACAACCAAGGAAUAUUAACUGAAGACAUUCAAAUGUGUUUGGAUGGAGACAUUGAAGAAUACUAUCAAGUAGAUAUUGUAGUUUUUUAG